AUGAAUAGCGACUGGUUAUUUGUCAUUAGAGCCCAUAAAGGUUCCAUAGAGUUUGCUGUGGCAUGCGGGUCGUGCCCCAAAAUACAAGAAGUAUUCUUCUUUCGUAUGGGCAUGCCUAAGGCGAAAUUGCAACAAAGACGAAAAGAAGGGAUUUAUUUGCCUGCCUGCCUACCACCAACGUACGUACCUGCAAACCUACCUAACCUACCUACCUACUCACCUAUCUACUUACCUAACUUGUCUACUGUUCAUUCAUUUACCUAA